CUCUCAUUGGACGCAGAGGAGCGCGGCCGGCGGAUGUUGUUCUGGCGCGGAGCACUGGAGCCGGCAAGAUGGCAUCCAGCGACGGGCAACCUGGUGGCAUAUUCGAGCACCACGUCCAGACGGCUGUGUGUGACUCGCGGGCCAAAUACCGGGAGGGCCGACGCCCUCGCGCGGUCAAGGUAUAUACGAUCAAUUUGGAGUCGCAGUACUUACUAAUACAAGGAGUUCCUGCGGUGGGAGCCAUGAAGGAAUUAGUUGAGCGAUUUGCCCUGUAUGGUGCGAUCGAACAGUAUAAUGCUCUAGAUGAAUACCCAGCGGAAGAUUUUACAGAAGUUUAUCUCAUUAAAUUUGUGAAAUUACAAAGUGCAAGGGUAGCUAAGAAAAGGAUGGAUGAACAGAGUUUCUUUGGAGGGUUACUUCAUGUGUGCUACGCUCCAGAAUUUGAGACAGUUGAAGAAACUAGAAAAAAAUUAGAAGAAAGAAAGGCUUAUAUUGCAAGAGUUACUAAAAACCAAGAUUGUUACAUGACAAAGAAGAAACCGGUUCCAGAGCAACAAGGAAUGAAAGAUUCUAGACAAGGUCUCCAUCCGCGGGUGCCUGGAUUUGGUACAGCUGUGUUAGACACCUCUCCCGAGGGUCCUCCGGAGAACGCGAGUCCUGGUCUUCCUUACUCUUGUGAAUUCCCUUUAGGCUAUUUUGCCUCCAAAAGCACAUGUUCACCUGGGGAGCAUACGGACAGAGCGUCCCACUCCUGUAACAGUGCUAGGAACCAUGGUGAACCGCAGAAGCAUCGCCACCACAGUGCCUUUCCCCCAAAGCCACAGAUGAACACUUACAAAACACAGAUGAACGCUUCUGCCCCUUGCUCUGGUAUGCAAGAGGCCAUUGCUGCCUCACAGGCAGUUGGCAGAUUUAUGCCCAGGACAACGCAGCUGCAGGAGAGGAAAAGACGGCGAGACUGUGAUCGAGAACUGGGAACAAACACAAACAGUAAUGAGGUUUUGAUUGGACCUAAGUUACCAGGUAUUCCCACAGUAGAUCUGCAGGACGACUCCUUGAAUACAACAGCAAACUUAAUUCGGAAUAAACUUAAAGAGGUGAUUUCAUCCGUGCCAACGCCUCCAGCGGACGGCAUAAGAGAUGUGUGUACAGGUCACCCAGGAAAACAAAGAAGACGAAUAUAGCUUGCCAGCAGGGGUUAGUCUUGCCUUUUCUGUUUUCUUUUGAAUCAGGGUCUCCCUGGAUAUCCCUGGCUGCUCUGGAACUCUAUGUAGACCAGGCUGGCCCUGGGCCUCUGCCCCUGAGUGCUGGGAUUCAAGGAUGUGUGCUACCACCCAUAGCUAAAUUAGUGUUUUCUGGAGAGAUUCUUUUUUAUGUCUAGCCCAUUUUAAUUAUUUCAGGCAUCUUACUACUGAUGUUCUAAAGUUUUUUCUUUUGGGCUGGAGAGUUGGCUCAGCGGUUAAGAGCACUGACUGCACUUCUUGAGGUCCUGAGUUCAAUUCCCAGCAACCACAUGGUGGCUCAUAACCAUCUGUAAUGAGAUCUGAUGCCCUCUUCUGGUGUGUCUGAAGAUAGCUACAGUGUACUCACAUGCAUAAAAUAAAUAAAUAAAUCUUAAAAAAAAAAAAAAGUUUUUUCUUUUAAACUCCUUGCAAAUGUUUCCAUCUUUCUUGGAUCUGCACUCAAUGUGGCAGACACUGUUCUUUUCAUACCAUAUUAGUUCUUAUAUUAAAAUAUAUAAAUUAUUGAAACAAAUAUAAAAAUAUAUAAUGCAAAUAAGGGUAAUCAGGGUCUCAUUUAAUUCCAGUAUUGAACAAUUUGUGUUCAGAAACUAGCAGGGGGUUUGUUUUUGAAUAUCAGAGCUUCAAAAUGAAAGCAGGUCUGUAAAAAAAAAAUGCCAAUAAAAGGUUAGAACAAAGUUGAUAUUAGAAACAUGUUUUUAAAAGAAGCCUACAUAAUGUAACUUCUAAGACUAAUUUACAUCGACUAUGGUGAUGUAAAAACUAGUUUUGGAAAUUCUAGAUUUCUACACUGUCAGCAUAUCUGUACUUUUUCCUCUGUCGGCAGACUGCCGUGUAAUUUUGUCAGGCUAUUUCCAUUUUCUUUUCUGGAGAAAAAUAAACUGAGAAGGCAUGUG